GUUAUGGCAUCCUCUGUAGAACGGCAGCUGAUCGUCUUCGACUUUGACUGGUCGAUGGCGGACCAAGACACCGACCGCUGGAUAUUCGAGGUUAACGCGCCCGAUCUGCGCAGGAAAAUGAAAAACCUGAAAGACGAGGUGCAGUGGACAGACUUGGUAGCCCAGUCAUUGAGGGAGUUCCAUGAACGAGGGGGCAAGCGCCAUCAGAUCGAGGAAGCCCUUAGGAUUAUGCCUUUCCACCCGGCCAUGGUUCGCGCCGUUCAGAAGCUGAAGUCCAAAGGGAAAACUACCUUCCUCUGUCUAUCCAAUGCGAACUCCGUUUUCAUCUCCACGAUCCUCGCGUCCAAGGGUCUCUCUGAGCUGUUCGAAGAAAUCAUAACCAACCCAGCCGAGUGGGAUCACAGCGGUCUCCUCAAACUGCGCAGACGCAUCGCGCCCGACGCAGCGCGGCAGCACCAAUGCAAAGUGGGGUGCUCGCCAAACAUGUGCAAGGGCGAAGAGCUCGAGGCGUUCCUUGAACGCCACGGCAAGCAGUUCGACCGGAUCGUCUACGUCGGGGACGGUUCGAAUGAUUUCUGCCCUAUCCUCCGGCUACGCACAUCCGACAUUGUCCUAUGCAGAAAAUUCCGCGGUUUAGAGCGGCGCAUUUCGAAGGAGGGCGACAAGGAAGGCCUGAAAUGCCAGAUACGCUAUUGGGCCGGCGCUUGGGAGGUGGAGGAGAUCUUUGAAUCUUUCUAGAGCGAGAAGAGGAUAACCAACAGAGACAUAGAAGAGGACCAUGGCAAUAUAGCUAACUUACCACUGCUGGGUGUUCAACACGCCGUAAUCACUCGUUCUUACCCAUAACUCAGGGGACCUAUCAGAACGCGACGAACACAGGCACGGAUUACGUCC